GGAGCGAGCGCGCCGCGCCCCGGGGACCCAGCGCAGCCGCCCUGGAGGCCCAAGCGGCGCGCAAACUUUUGCUCCCGUGCCCACAGCGCUCCUUCUCCGCAUGUGAAGCCCCCAGGCGCCCGCGCAGCCGCCAGGUUCGCCCCACCAGUGGGCGCCGCCGGGCGAGAUGCUCCUCCGGGACCUGGUGCUGAGUCCCGGCAGCUGCUGGCCCUCCCUGCUGCUGCGCUGCGCCCUCCACCCGCUCUGGGGCUUCAUGCAGGUGACGCACGGCGAGCCCCAGCGGUCCUGCUCCAAGGUGACCGACAGCUGCCAGCACAUCUGCCAGUGCCGGCCCCCGCCCCCGCUGCCCCCGCCGCCCCCACCUCCGCCGCCCCCCAGACUCCUCUCCGCACCAGCUCCCAACUCUACCUCGUGCCCCACUGAGGAAAGCUGGUGGUCAGGGCUGGUGAUCGUCAUCGCGGUAUGCUGUACCUCCCUGGUGUUUCUGACCGUGCUUGUCAUCAUUUGCUACAAAGCCAUCAAAAGGAAACCACUGAGAAAAGAAGAAAAUGGCACCAGCGUUGCUGAGUACCCCAUGAGCUCUGCACAGGGCACCAAAGGGGUGGAGGUGAACAGCGCGGUGGUGUGAGUCUGCAGGCCCUGCACCCACUGGCCGGAAGGACACCUGAGUGGCACUCGUGGACAUGGGAAGGUGGUGGGCACGAGCUGACCCUGGUCUUGUCCAGGACUUCAUGCCUUGUAGACCUGGAGCCUCCGGAAGGAGAAAAAACAAAAACAAAAACAUUCUCUUCCCAGGCUGGCCCCGGUCAGCCCCGGGCAGGGCAGCACCGACGCCAGGCUGAGCCCAGCCCCCCCUGCAUGUAGCGCCUGGGGCGGUGGCGUGGCCCGAGGCCUUCCACAUCCCGCUCUUUAUCUUGUAUCGGGCCCGCUCAUGUCCCCAGAGGGCCUGGCUGUCUCCCAGGGCACGGAGGCACCCCUGUGAGUCACAAGCAAGCUGAUCUAGGGCCUGGAACACCUUUCCUCCUCCAGGAAGCCCAUGUGCUUUGCUGUGGACAUCCCAACAGAAGCCAUCAGCGUCGCCUUGAGACAGACACACCCCUUCCAAAGGUGCUCCCCACACCUCUGUCUGUCCCCCCCCCCCCCACUUGCCAUCGUCCUCAGGCCUGCCUGCCCCACCUACACCCCAGCCCGGGCCUCCUGACCGUCUGUCCAGCCUGCAGAACUCCCUAGGAGCGCGGGCACAGGGGACCUGGGAGCCCAGGCCACAAGCGGCCUGGGAAGAACAGAGGCCCCCGCACCUGCGGUCAAGACAGACCCACACCUGACCCUGAAGGAACUGAGCAUCCACGUGAGCCAGGCCCUGCCUUGCCGGGCAGAGGCCACCACUCGUGCCAAAACCACUGGGACACCGUCAUAGGUCGAUGCUUGCCUGGCAUUGUGUCCUGACAACAGUCCUCGGAGUCCUGGCUGUGGUACCCGCAGAGCCCCCAGAAGGAGGCAGCUGUCUUCCCGUGUAUGUCCCGUGUCUGUGAGUCUGCCUGUGGUCCGGUGUUCUCACUGUGGAGCCCUCCUGAAUGUGGGAAGGAGGGGAGGGGAGGAGAGGUCCCCUCCCGGGUGACUUGGCCUGGUGACCGUGGAACGGGCUACAUUGAGGAGGGCGGCAGAGGUAGAGGCCUGGCGAUUGUGUGCCGCUUGGCAAGUUAGGGAGGAGGUAGUUCUCGGCCCCAUAGCUCCCCACACCACCCUUUGCCCUGCCCUGAAGGAACGGGCCCAUUCGAGGGUUGGCCCCUCAAGCUGGGUGGAUCUGGUUUGCUCUGCUGUGCCCGUCAUUAUGAGCUACAAGUGAGACUUUCACACCCAGGUAAGAUUGACAGGCAUGAGUCUCCAUCGGGGCCCAAGGACACAGUGUCCCAGAGCCUUGUGUCUCCAGGUCUGUAGUGUCAUCCUGAUGCAGGCUUUCGUCCUUGGCUUUCGCCCUCUGUUUCCAUUUGGCUUUAAAUGUCACCUCCCAGUGCACGUGGGCAUCCGAGUAGGGAUGCCGAUGAUAGCCUUGCCCUUAAUUGCUUCCUGCCCGACCCAGGUGAGCACUUGGGAGGCAGAACGUGGUGAUAAAUAGGUCCGAGGAGGAAGGUGAGGUGUUGAAAGGACAGGGAGCCUCGUAGGCCGCACGCCGGGCACUGGCCCCUGCUGCUGCAGCCUCCUGCUUCCUGCUGGGUCUGCCUGUGCCCACGGCGGACGUGGGCCAGGCCACGAUCCUGAUCCUCGAAAUGCGCCACUCUGGGAUCCCCUGGGGUGAAAGACCUGUGACCUGGGCUGGAGGGGAAUUACUGGCCCCGGGGAUCUAGAGUACUAGGAUGGCUCGGGAAAGGGUUGGGCGGGCUCUGGCUUUCCCACACACGAAUCCUUGACUUUGGUUUAAACCCAGGAAACCUUGAAUCUGCAGUUAACCUGCAGGAACUGUGGCCAAAUCAUCCAUUACCCUUGAUUCCCCCCUAAGAGAGCCAGGACUCCAGGGGGGCACAGCAAUUCCCCCUCCACAGGACCCGUCAUCCCUCCUCCCCUGUAGAGAAAACCAAGGGAAGGCCCUAGUUUUUCAAGAGGGUUCAGCUGAGCCCCAUUCAGUUGCCCAAACCUACGACUGGCCAUUCCAAGAACACACGGAACAGCAAGAGCCCCGCCUGGUGUUUAGUUCACAUGACGAGUACAUACGUAAAACCUUCCCAGCCCAGGUGAGGGGACGGCAUCCCAGACACAGACCUGUUCUCAGACAGCCCCAGCAUGGCGGUCAGGGGUAAAGCCCCAUGACUUCUCUGUAUUUUCUCUGAUGUUUCCGCCACAUUUAAGCCUGAGAUAAGAGCUCAGUGACAGUUCAGGAUCUCCCAAAGUUACCAGGUAUUCCAUCGGGGCCUCUCGAAGUUUUGGAAGAGAGACUAAUAGGUGUACAAAUAUAGACAAAUAUAUAUAGCUAUAUAUAUUUAAAGAGCUAUCUAUACAUAUAUAUAUAUAUAUAGUAACUGUACUCCACUUCUGUACAAAGUAUGAUUUCAACAGCCCAGGUAGCGUGACACCUGUUCUGCAUGAGUUGUAAAACUCCCGAGCUCUGCCUUCUUCGCGCCACGCCGCGCAUGCGAGAAGGUGACUCGGUCCUGGAGUUCUGUCUCAAUGGACAAACACACAAGCCGAUGCCAUCUUGUCCACCAGCAAGCCGCUCAUGUCAGUUCACGCUGAGACUCGUGGGUAGGAAGUGGGCCUGGCAGCCCUGGGGUGCUGUAUGCUAUGUUACAAGGAAAGAAGCACUAUGACUUAUGACUUUUUUAUUUUCAAUAAAAAUAUACUUCUAAAGAUG